AUGCCACCUGCUCUCAUCCUCAUCCGGGUUUCAUGGCUUAAUUCCCUUUUUUUUCUUUUUUUUUUUUUGCCCUUCCAGACCCAGCCAGUGCCCAACCCCUUGUCGUACUUCAUGCACCGCUCGCCGUGGUGGUUCCACCGCUUCGAGACCUUGGUCAAUCACUUCGUGGAGCUGCUGGUGCCUUUCUUCCUGCUGCUGGGCAGGAGGAUGAGCAUCCUGCACGGGCUCCUGCAGAUCCUCUUCCAGGUGCUCCUGAUCAUCAGUGGGAACCUGAGUUUCCUCAACUGGCUCACCAUGGUGCCCAGCCUGGCCUGCUUUGACGAUGCCAGCCUGGGGCUCCUCUUCAGCUCCCGGCUCCGGGAACGCGCGGCGCGGCUGCAGCGCCCAGGGGAGCAGGGACACAGGAUUUCCCUGGGCUCCUGUGUCCGCAGGCUGCUGAACGUGUCCCUGGGGCUCCUCAUCACCUACCUCAGCAUCCCCGUGAUCCUGAACCUGCUCAGCUCCACACAGGUCAUGAACUCCUCCUUCAACCCCCUCAGGAUCGUCAACACCUACGGAGCCUUUGGCAGCAUCACCAAGGAGAGGACAGAAGUGAUCCUGCAGGGAACAUCCAGCCUGGAUCCCAAUGAUCCCACAGCAGUCUGGGAGGAGUUUGAGUUCAAGUGCAAGCCUGGGGAUUUGAGGAGGAGGCCGUGCUUCAUCUCCCCCUACCACUAUCGCCUCGACUGGCUCAUGUGGUUUGCUGCCUUCCAGACCUACGAGCAGAAUGAAUGGAUCAUUCACCUGGCUGGGAAACUGCUGGCCCAGGAAGAGGAGACCUUGUCCCUGCUGGCCACAAACCCCUUUGCAGGCAGAGACCCUCCAAGGUGGAUCAGAGGGGAACACUUCAGGUACAAGUUCAGCCAGCCCUGGGGGAAGCACGCCAGCGAUGGGAAGUGGUGGAUCCGGAAAAGGAUCGGCCCCUAUUUCCCCCCUGUCAGCCUGCAGGGCCUCAGGAAGUUCUUUGAGGACAGGAAUUGGCCUUAUCCCGUGAAGGAUUGAUGGAAAAGCAUGGCCAGGACAAGAGGGACCAGCUGGGAAGAGGGAGAACAGGCAGCUCCCUUCCAAAAAAAUUCCAAAAAAUGUUGGAAUCUUCCAAAAGGAGAUUCCAAAAAUCUCCUGCCUCUCUGUUUUUUAUCCAUAUCCUUGUUCACGUUGAUUUUCCAGAAGAUUCCCAGCCAAUUCACCCACUUGCUUUGUGAGCUGCUUUUUCUCACCUCACUCAUUGAUUUCUUUUGCCAGGCUGCUCCAUUCAGGAAUUCCUCUGGAAUUGGGGAAAAAAAAGGCAAUCAAAUAACCAUGAUUGGUUCGGGGGGAGAUGUUGGUGUUGCCAAAAGCAUCCAAAUGAGGGUUUGAAACAAAAACGGGGGAAAACAAACCAGG